GUCUAAAAUAACAUGUUUGUGUGACUAUAAAUCACCUCAUUAAGUAUAUAAAUGCAUCGGAUUUUUUUAGAAUUGACUAAAAAGAAAAGUGUGUCACAUAAAUUGGGACGGAGAGUGUAUAUUUUAUUUGUCAGUUUCAAUGUCAACCAUUGUUUGAUGACCACCCAAGAUUACGAGAGGGUACCUCCAUCUUUAAUUAGAGAUUUCGAAUUUCAAUAUUCAAACAGGUACUGAACAAAGAGCGGAAACUAAACAAAACAUUUUUUGUUUGAGUCACAUAAUUCUCAAGUCAAUUAUGAAGGCCAAAUAUGUUUUGUUUAAAGUCCACUCAAAAGAACACUUUUUUUCCAGUCCUUAUUGGCAACUCUAGUAGUAAACAAAGCAAAGUUUUCAAAGAAUUUAAUUUAUCUAAAAAGUUGACUAAAUGCAAUUUGUACCAUACUUAAAACACCAUAAUAAUAUAGAGUUAAUCACUGAACACUCUAGAAAAAAUAAAAAUCAAGAAUGCACCAUGUUGAGGCUUUUGGUUGGGCUGCUAGAGACACUUCUGGAUUCCUCUCCCCAUUCAACUUCUUUAGAAGGGCAACCGGCGAUAAGGAUGUUAAACUGAAGGUUCUUUACUGUGGUAUCUGUCAUUCUGAUAUUCAUCAGCUGAAGAAUGAAUGGGGAUCUUCUCUAUACCCUCUAGUCCCCGGACAUGAGAUCGUGGGCGAAGUAACUGAGGUAGGUAGCAAGGUAGAGAAGUUCACUGUUGGAGAGAAAGUUGCUGUCGGGGGAUACUGUGGAUCAUGUCGAUCUUGUGAAGACUGCAUGAACAAUCUUGAGAAUUAUUGCUCCAAAGGAAUAGCCACCUAUAAUGCAAUCUACAAUGAUGGAACACCAACGUAUGGAGGCUACUCGAACAUGAUAGUUAUCGAUGAACAUUUCGUGUUUCAUGUACCAGAAAACUUGCCUCUAGCUGCUGCAGCCCCUCUGCUUUGUGCUGGGAUUACAAUGUACAGCCCGUUGAGAUACUUUGGACUUGAUAAACCAGGCCUUCAUAUUGGUGUAGUAGGCCUUGGCGGACUUGGUCACGUUGGUGUCAAGUUUGCCAAGGCCAUGGGGCUAAAGGUGACUGUGAUUAGUACAUCUCGAAGAAAGCAGAACGAAGCUCUUGAACGUCUUGGUGCUGAUUCGUUUUUGGUUAGCACUGAUCCAGAUCAGCUGCAGGCUGCUAUAGGUACAAUGGAUGGCAUUCUUGAUACAGUCUCUGCUGAUCAUCCCCUCGAUCCACUGAUCGGGCUGUUGAAGUCUCACGGGAAGCUUAUCUUUCUUGGUGCACCUGACAAACCCGUCGAGCUACCAGUCUUUCCAUUGCUUAUGGGAAGGAAGCUUGUAGCUGGAAGUGGGAUAGGAGGGAUGAAAGAGACGCAAGAAAUGCUUGAUUUUGCAGCAAAGCACAAUAUAACAGCAGAUGUUGAAGUCAUUCCAAUGGAUUAUGUAAAUACUGCACUGCAGCGUCUCACCAAAGGGGACGUUAAAUACCGGUUUGUCAUUGACGUUGGUAAGACCCUUCUAGCAGAGUGAUUCCGAGUUUUACAAAAACAAUAUAUCUAGUAUAAUCCCACAAGUGGAGUCUGGGAAAGGUGGAGUGUAACAACCUUACCUAAGAGUUAUGUUUCAUGUAAUUCUAGUAGUUUAUGAUAUUUUGGGCAUAAAAUGGCAUUAGUUUAGAAACAGACCCUCAAAAUGCGGCCCUAUCAUGGACCAUGCAUGAACACGGGAUGCUUCGUACAUCAGGAUAUCCUUUCAAUAUAUUAGUUUAGAACAUAUAUGAUGUAUUAUGAGUAGCUUUCUCAAAUAUUGGAAAUUGU